AUGUCAGAAUCAUCGAAGUCCAAGUCUUUAAAUUUAAAUCCCUCACCUACACUGCAAUGUAAAAAUCUACAUGAAUAUUUAAAAAGCCGAACUCCGCAGUUUUUGGAAACUUUAUAUAACUAUCCAACGAUAUGCUUAGCAGUUUAUCGAGAACUGCCAGAGUUGGCUCGUCACUUUGUUAUACGAUUGCUGUUUGUAGAGCAGCCAGUGCCACAGGCUGUGGUUGCAUCAUGGGUGUCCCAAACACAUGCCAAGGAACAAAGCAAAGCAUGUGAGGCACUAUCGGAACUAUCAGUAUGGCAGGAAGCCCCAAUACCUGGUGGUCUACCAGGCUGGAUACUGGCUCAGUCCUUCAAGAAGAAUCUGAAGGUGGCAUUGUUAGGAGGUGGGCGGCCAUGGAGUAUGUCGUCAUCAUUAGAACCAGACGGAAAGGCUCGUGACAUAGCAUUUCUUGAUGCCUAUGCGCUGGAGAGGUGGGAAUGUGUUUUGCACUACAUGGUGGGCAGUGCUCAGACCGAGGGCAUCAGUGCUGAUGCCGUCAGGAUCCUCCUUCAUGCCGGUUUGAUGACCAGAGAUGCAGAAGAUGGAUCAGCGGUUAUAACAAGAGCUGGCUUUCAAUUUCUCCUGCUGAGCACUGCCAAACAGGUGUGGUUGUUUCUGCAGCACUACCUGCAUACAGCGGAGAAGAGAAGCUUAAGUGCUGCAGAGUGUCUGGCUUUCCUCUACCAGCUCAGUUUUAGUACAUUAGGAAAGGAUUACAGCACAGAGGGUAUGAGCAACAACAUGUUGGUGUUUCUGCAGCACUUGAGGGAGUUUGGUUUGGUUUACCAAAGAAAGCGGAAGGCGGGGCGCUUCUACCCCACGCGGUUGGCCCUGAACAUGACGUGCGUGCGCGAGGGGCCGGGCGGCGCGGGGGGCGCGGGGGGCGCGGGGGGCGGGCACCUGGCGCUCGGAGGGGCGGGGGAGGGGCCGCCGCAGCAGCGCGGCUACAUCAUCGUCGAGACCAACUACAGGGUGUACGCUUACACGCAGACCAGUCUGCAGGUGGCGCUGCUUGGCCUGUUCACCGAGCUGCUUUACAGGUUCCCAAAUCUGGUGGUCGGGGUGCUGACGCGUGACUCCGUUCGCCAGGCGCUUCGCGGAGGGAUCACCGCAGACCAGAUCAUACAUUACUUGGAGCAACAUGCCCAUCCUCAGAUGGCGAGCGGCGGGGGCGGCGGGGGCGGCGGGGGCGUGGCCGGCACGGUGCGCGACCAGGUGCGCCUGUGGGAGGCGGAGCGCAACCGCUUCACGUACACGGAGGGCGUGGUGUACAACCAGUUCCUGUCGGCGGCGGACUUCGCGCUGCUGCGCGACUACGCGCGCGCCCAGGGCGUGCUCACGUGGAGCAGCGAGCGCACGCGCACCGCGCUCGUCACGCGCCACGGCCACGACCUGGUGCGCCGCUUCUGGAAGAAGCACUCCAAGCCCUCA